GUCAGUCAGUUUCAAGCUGCAGAGAUUCUCCUCUCUCUGGCAAAUGACUUAGGCCGCCCAUCGAAUCCUGAUGGGUCAAAUUCCAACCCCCUCUAUCCUUAUAACUCCGAGGUAGAGGCGUCCGAGCCACGAGCUACGACGACGCAGAAUCCCGAAUUUGAACGAGAUCUCUACCGAAGGCUAAAGUUUAAACUCCAUCGGACCAGAUGCCACGCAACUGAACCCUCCGCCUCUACCUGCACUCCAACCACUGCCGCCCUCAGCAACUCGGCCGCCGAAUAUGUUCAAAACCUCUUCUCAGGGAAAAACUCCUCACGACUCUUUGCACUUCUGCGCGAACAAACACCUGACAGUGUGAUGAGAGACGAAGUAACCUCUGCACUGGCAGCCAUUUCCGUCCAGUCUCCCACCCUGAACACUGAUCACUACCAGCAAUAUCAACCCGAACCGCAGCAACAGCAGCAGCAGCAGCAACAACAGCAGCAACAACAACAGCAACCACAGCAACAGCCUUUAAUGAUGUUCAUGCCACUUUCUGCCAACGAUUACCUGGUUGGGCAGCCCGAGAGCACUGCGGUGCCUGCCCCCCAGCCUGUCGUACAGGAUAACGCUGCCGCUGAACUGCAUUGGUCCCCCGAAUGUUCGCCAGUUUCUACCCCGCCACCCGAACCCCACCAACACCCCGCUAUCGAUCGAUUUUCACCCGCACCCUCAGAGGAACCCAUUCCGGACAUGCGAAAGCGUCCGAGCUGGCCAUUCGACCUCCAGUCCCUCUCACUGGAACCCUCCCUCCUGCUGAAGAAC